AUGGGCGCUUUGGUCUCUCUCCCUUUGGCGGGGGCGCUGACGUUGGCAUCCUGCUGUGGUGCUGCAGCAUGCCUGGCGUUCUGCUCUCUGAUUGGCGGAACAUUCAACUCGGCUAUUAUGACGAGAAUCACCUACGGCUUGUUGCUCGUGGUCAACUCGAUUGUAUCGUGGAUUGCGCUUUCGCCGUUUAUAGUGCAUCGGCUCGAGAAAGCAACUUUUGGGUUUAUAAACAAUCGCUGCGGGCCUGACGGGAAACAGUGUAUCAGUUUCACUUCCGUGUAUCGGAUCAAUUUGGCCUUGGGCACGUUGCACCUUAUUUUGGCCGGCUUGCUUGUCAAUGUGCGGUCCACACAGAACCCAAGGGCGGUGAUUCAGAAUGGGUGCUGGAAGAUCAAAGUUUUCACGUGGAUAGCUUUCAUUUUCAUUAAUUUCGUGCUUAUUCCGGACUCGUUUUUCGUGUUUUACGGUAACCACAUCGCCAUCAUUUUCUCCACGAUUUUCUUGGGAAUUGGCUUGGUGUUGCUUGUUGAUUUCGCUCAUGCAUGGGCGGAAAAAUGCUUAGAAAAAAUCGAACUAGAAGAACUUACCGGUGAGGAUGAAUACAACGCUGGAUUGUGGAAGAAGCUUCUUAUUGGCGGCACCUUGGGCAUGUACAUUGUCAGUCUUGUGUUGACCAUCGUCAUGUACGUAUUUUUUGCCAUGAAGGGCUGCAGCAUGAACCAGGCGGCCAUCACGAUUAAUUUGAUACUUUCAUUGAUCAUUUCAGGCAUGUCAGUGAACCAAAGCAUUCAGGAGCUGAACCCCAACGCUGGUUUAGCUCAAGCCUCUAUGGUGGUAUUUUACUGCACUUACUUGGUUCUCAGUGCUGUCGUUUCGGAACCUGACGACAAGAUGUGCAACCCCUUGGUGAGGUCCAGAGGCACAAGGACGUUAAGUGUUGUUUUGGGUGCACUCUUCACUUUUGUCGCUUUGGCGUACACCACCACGAGAGCCGCUAACUCUUCGUUCUUCGACACUGAGGGCGCUGCAGCCGUAGAGCAUGUGUCGACACAACCCUCGGAACGAAGCCAGAUGAGGUACGAGGCCAUUCGCCAGGCGGUCAACGAAGGCUCGUUGCCAGAAAGUGCCUUACAGCAAGUGGACUUGUACGAGGAAGAUAGUCGAGGAAACGGCUCCGAUGACGAGAAACACCUGGUGAAAUAUAACUAUACGAUUUUCCACAUCAUAUUCUUUUUGGCCACACAGUAUGUGGCCACGUUGCUCACUGUCAAUGUCAAGCAGGACGAUGUGGGUGACUUUGUGCCCGUCGGCAGAACGUAUUUUUCAAGCUGGAUCAAGAUCAUCAGUUCAUGGUUCUGCUACGUGCUCUACGGAUGGAGUCUUGUGGCUCCGAUGAUAUGGCCUGAUCGUUUCAAUACGGUGCUGAUAUAA